AACCAGAAUUUACAAUGCACAGAAAUAUGUCAAGAUAAAAGAGGCAAGCCUCAAGGAAUUUUUAAAUUCUGCUUUCUUGAAGUUCUCACUUCCACAUGUCAGUGAAGGAGUGAAGGUUUUUGAUGAAACAGGAACUGAGGUGGAUGAGGAGGUCUUCGCUGACAUAGCGCAGCAGACUGACACUGGAAUACUUACCAUCAAGUUUGAUGAUGAUUGCAAGGAGACUUUGUCCAACAGCUCCCAAGAAAGAAAUUCCAGUGAGCAGCCUGCUAGUAGUAGUGAUGACACAAUCAUCCUUGAAAUCAUGUCCUGCAACUCAGAUGACACAAUCCUACUGGAAGAGAAUGACACUCCAGCCAGAAAGCGACAGAGGGAAGAUGAAGACUCUAAACAUGUGGUUGAACUGGCGCUAACACAGAAACCUGGGGGAGAUCGUAUCAUCAAAGAGUACCACCGCACCAAAAGUCUGAGUGACUCCUCACGCCGACAAAUGAUCAAUAUACUUGUGGCUGACAUGACUGAAAAGCAUGGGACGGCCCCACCACGGAAUGUGAGGGAGAUGUACGCCCGAGGUAUAAUCGAGCUCUUCCCAUACCUGAUGGAUCCCUACUCUAAAAAUGGAUACGAACAUUUCUAUGAUGGUGAAAGUGGAACUGGCUAUUUGGCAUGGCGGCUUAAAACUAUUCAGAGAAGAAGCGCUUCAACAGAGAGCAGAGGACCGUCACGUCAGCUGACUGGAGGGCCAGCUUCCAGAAGAGAGGCUUCCUUUAGUCCUGAGAUGACUUUAAGUGAAGAGCAAUGCCAGCAGGCCAUGGCCUUGAUGAGAUACAGUACUGACGAGUCCACCAUCAAGCAGAAGAUGAAAAUUACAUUCCAACAUCGUCGCAGUAUGGUUCUUGAUGGAGAAAAAUCUUCAGAUGUCUUGAUUGAAUUUCCACGUUUCAAAGAUGUCAAAGGCCUGAUCGAGCAAGACUUCAUCCUACAAUUUGGAGAAGAUGUGGCGGCAAGAUUUAUGGAAAGAUGGCCCACAACAUUCAAGCAAAAGAUCAUUCAGCAGUGUAAGGCUCUCCCUUCUUCAAGUGACCUUGAAGAACUUAUCCAUUGUGCUCAGGUGACAUCGGUUGAAGAGGAAAUGGAUGACGCUCGUGCCCUUGGCUGGGACAGUGAUCUUUCAUCAAUUAUCCUCCUCCUCCACCUGAUACCUCCUUCAGCCCAAGGCCGGAAAAGACCGGGAAAGGUGUCUGCAGCCCAAGCUGGGAAGCAUCUUGUCCUGUUCAAGAAGAAUGGAACAAGUAUUCAAGAACAUGUUGAUGCAAUCAAAUGCACCACUCAACCAUACCUUCUUGCUGUUGGGAUGAGGAGGAGCACCAUCCAUGAGUAUUUCAUCAUCCUGGACAAGCAAGUCAUACCAUGCAACUCAACCAGUUCCCUAGGAGCUUUUGACGAACUGUUCAAGGCACACUUUGUAUUCGGUACCAUGUACCACCAGAUGCUCCACAACAUGUACACCUUCAUUCAGACAACCAUUUACAACAUAGAUGUUGGUAAAGUCCAGGAGAGCCCACGUGUUGCUGAGAGAGGCAGCCCCUCCCGCACCGGGAAAACGCUCUUUCCCACGUUCACGUCACACUGUGAAGAUAGCUCCCCUGAGCCCCACUCCCGGAACAUUCCUUUCUAUAACCCCACAGACUGGCCUGACUGGAAACAGCAGUUUGAGUGUUUCGGCUUCGCCAUGAAGCUUGAUCAGGACGAUGGCCAAGUGCAGGUGAGCUGCCUCAUUUACGCCAUGGAGAGCGAGGCGGAAAACAACUAG